AUGCAGUGUAAUACUAAAACACAACCAUUACGUAUUGGUAUACUUGGUUUUGGUCAUCUAGGACAAUUUAUUUAUGAAUAUAUUGAAAAUGAACAUAAUAAAUCAACAUAUGAUUUUGAUUUAAGUUUUAUUUGGAAUCGUUCAAAAGAUAUUUUUUUAACAUAUAAUAAAAAACUUGAUCAAAAUUUAAUUGUAUCAACUGUUGAAGAAGGUUUACAACGUUUACCAGAUUUAGUUAUUGAAGUAGCACAUCCAAAUGUUAUUGAAAUAUAUGCUGAAAAAAUACUUGAUAUAUGUGAUCUAUUUAUUGGAUCACCAACAGCUCUUGCUAAUGCAUCACUUGAAAUAGUAUUAAGAAAAAAAACUCUUACAUCAGGUCAUGCUAUUUAUAUAGGUACAGGUGCUUUUUGGGGUGCCGAAGAUAUUGAUAAAAUGAAUGAACGUAAUACACUUUGUUCAUUAAGUAUAACAAUGAAAAAACAUCCUGAUUGUUAUAAACUUAAUGAACCAUUACGAUCUAAAUUACAUAAUGAACGAAUAAAACUUGAUGAUCAACCAGGUGAAAUUAUUAUUUAUUCAGGUCCAGUUCGUGAAUUAUGUCAAUUAGCACCAAAUAAUGUUAAUACAAUGGCUGUUGGUGCAACAAUUGCUAGUAAUCUUGGUUUUGAUCAUGUUCAAGGAUGUUUAAUUGCUGAUACAUCAUUAUAUGAUCGACAUAUUGUUGAAAUUGAAUUAACAGGACCAGAAAAAAAAAUUGAUAAUAAUAAACAAGUGAAAUUUCAUUUGAAAACUAUUCGAACUAAUCCAGCUGAAUUUGGUGUUGUUACUGGUACAGCAACACUUCUUUCAUUUAUUAGUAGUAUUAAACGUGCAAAAGGUCGAACACCAGGCAUUCAUAUUGUUUAA